ACCAUUCUACAAGUCUCUUGCAUUCCUAUCAUUUCUUGUAUAUCACAUAAUAUUCUUUUUCUUUCAUACUACAUGUUAUAUAUAACAUAUUAAAAAUAUUGCAAGCUACAAAAUCCUUCAAUAUUUUUCAUCAAAGUUUCAUCUCAAAAUGGAUUUUGAUUAUACCUCCACCAUAGAGAUUCAACUUGAUCUUGGUCUUGCCCUCCAUGAUCAAUAUUUACAUAAGGAUUGUGAUGGCCAUAGAAAGAAAGAAAGCAAGAAGAAAAAAAUGGAGAAUUCAUCAAAAUGUAAUAUGGCCUAUCCAUCUCUUACAUUAGGACCACUAUAUGAGGAUGAAAAUGUAAAUAAUCAAGAUGAAGCCUCAAAGAUUGAAUCUUAUGAUCAAAAUUUACAUACACAAGUUACUUCUCCAAGCAUGGAGUGUUCAUUUUCGAACUCGACAAGCAUCAAGAGGGAGAUUGGUGAGGAAUUUGAUGUAGAAAUAGAGAAGGUUCCAACAAAUAUGGGAGAUCAUGUUGAUGAAAAUGGUAAUCCAAGGAAGAAACUAAGGCUCACAAAAGAACAAUCAAAAGUGUUAAAGGAAAAUUUCAGAGAGCAUUCUACUCUUAAUCCGAGGCAAAAACAAACAUUAGCAAAAGAGCUGAAUCUGAGUGAUAGGCAAGUAGAGGUGUGGUUUCAAAAUCAGAGAGCCAGGAGAAAAGUGAAACAAACGGAAUCGGAAUGUGAAUUACUGAAGAAAUGUUGCGAAAGUCUAAGAGAGGAGAAGAAGAAGUUGCAAAAGGAGGUAGAAGAACUUGAGGCAAUGCAAACAGUGGCAGCACCUUUUUAUAUGCAAAUUAUUCCAGCACCCACACUUACCAUUUGCCCUUCGUGUGAGAUACUUUGUGGUCGUAACAAUACCAAUAAUGCCUCAUCACCCACUACAACAACAUUGCUUAUUGGCUCAAACUCUCAUAAUCCCUUCUAUAUUCAAAAUAAUAAUAAUAAUAAUAAUAACAAUAAUAAUAAUAAUAAUAAUAAUAAUAAUAAUAAUAAUAAUAAUAAUAAAAUUUAUCCAUUCCCCCACCCAUCAUCCUAGGAAAACCUUUUGUUUCGAUGUAUAAUGUAGGAUAAUUUGUGUAAUUACUAUAUAACUUUUUUUUAUACUAAGAAGUCACCUGUCUGAAAAUAUAAGUAAAAUAUAACUUUUUUAAAUUUGUUUUACUUUAUAUU